CGUAUCGACAGGUGAUGAAGAUGCGGCCAAAGGACUUGUGGAAGAGGCUAAUGGUGAAGUUUAGAGGAGAAGAAGGGCUCGACUAUGGAGGAGUGGCCAGGGAGUGGCUCUAUCUGCUGUCACACGAGAUGCUGAACCCGUACUACGGCCUGUUCCAGUACUCCCGCGAUGACAUCUACACGCUGCAGAUAAACCCAGACUCCGCUGUCAACCCUGAACAUUUGUCGUACUUUCACUUCGUGGGCCGUAUCAUGGGAAUGGCCGUGUUCCAUGGCCACUACAUAGACGGAGGCUUCACUCUGCCCUUCUACAAGCAGCUGCUGGGUAAACCUAUCACCCUGGAUGACAUGGAGUCUGUUGACCCCGACCUGCACAACAGCCUCGUGUGGAUUCUGGACAAUGACAUCACAGGUGUGCUGGACCACACCUUCUGCGUAGAACACAACGCCUAUGGCGAGAUCAUCCAGCAUGAGCUCAAGCCCAACGGUAAGAGUAUCCCCGUCACCCAGGACACCAAGAAGGAGUACGUGCGGCUCUAUGUCAACUGGCGUUUCCUGCGAGGCAUCGAGGCCCAGUUCCUGGCUCUGCAGAAGGGCUUCAAUGAGGUCAUCCCGCAACACCUGCUCAAGGCUUUUGACGAGAAGGAGCUUGAGCUGAUUGUAUGUGGCCUGGGUAAGAUCGACAUCAACGACUGGAAGUCCAACACGCGGCUCAAGCACUGCACUCCGGACACUAACAUCGUGAAGUGGUUCUGGAAAGCUGUGGAGUCGUUCGACGAGGAGCGCCGAGCUCGGCUGCUGCAGUUCGUCACUGGCUCCUCUCGAGUCCCUCUACAGGGCUUCAAGGCCCUUCAAGGUGCUGCUGGUCCACGGCUCUUCACCAUCCACCAGAUUGACGCCAGCACGAACAACCUGCCCAAAGCCCACACCUGUUUCAACAGGAUUGACAUUCCUCCGUACGAGCACUACGACAAACUGUACGACAAGUUGCUCACUGCCAUCGAGGAGACGUGCGGCUUCGCCGUAGAGUGAGUCGCCGAUGCAGACGGAGCUCUGCAACGACGAGGAGCAACGCGGUUUUGGCCGUGAUCACCCCUCCCUCCCUCCCUCCCUCCCUCCCUCCCCCCCUCCACUGCCCCCUUCCUCCAGCAAACCAAUCCGCUCGGUUGCGGGAGGGGUCCUCCACGGUUGCUUCACCCAGGGACGCACACACACACACACACACACCUCCCCGGGGCACGUGUGGCCGAGCCGAUGGAGGGUGGGAAGCAAAGACCAGAAAAUGUCAUCUGACUGUUCCUUCCUUUUAUGUCAUUUUUGUUUUUAUCAUUGAAAGGAUCUCUUCAGCUGCUAAUAACUCAAGACUAUUUACUAACUUGUGGAACCUGCAGAAAAAUUUGCCGGCUCUUCCCUUUUUUUCUAAAUCUCAUUUUAGCAUUUAAAAAAAAAAUAGACUGUAUCUAUGUAGCAAUGCUCCAUUUUACCAAGCGGAACACAAGGCUCGGUGCACUCCGAAACAACAUUGACAAGACUGGUUUGUUUCUAGAGUACAGGGUUAUUACUGGUUACCACAACCACUUGGAAACACUAUAUUUGGAUGUGGAGUGUGCAUGACUCGGACUGUUUGGUGCCUCGCAGCGAUCACGCUGGAGCCAUCAGUGACGCCAAGGCUGGGAAAACAUGGACGAGAAGGCAAGACUGGAGACUGAAUUAGUAAGAGCCCGACUGUUUACAACCCUCUCCAAAGACAGCAGCCGGGACCUGUGCUCCCGAGACGCUGCCCGACAACAAGCGCUGCAUUCCCAGAAACACCUAUUUCACACGUUUGACAGCUAGUUUUGUUUGAAAAUGAAUUAAUGAAUGCAUAGCUUGAAAUGUGUUAU